GCCGUCGCCGCUCAGCGUUAUGCAACGGCCGUCCUGGGGGCUUCUGCUGACCCGCCGGCUCUUGGGGAUGUCGAUGCUGUUGCUGCUGCCUCAGGGACUGAGGCCUGUGAUGUUGACGAUUUACCAAUAUUUCCCUUUUCUGAGGUCAGUAUGUUUAUAUAUAAACGCUUCGCAGUAUAUGGAUGCAAAGAAGGUGCUGUAAGAGUACGUGAUAAAACUAACACAACUUCAUGUAUUCACGGUUCCUGGACACCGUUGUCAGACCCCUGUCAUGCUAGAACAUCACCAGACACUACUGAACUCUAUAUCCGUAAUGGAAGAAUAAUCUAUGGGGAGAAAGAAUACUACAACAUUGGAGAUGAAGUUACUAUUCAAUGUGAUAUUGGCUAUAUUUUGAUCGGAUCACCUAAGAUUAAUUACAUCGGUGGGAAGCAAUGGUUGCCUAAUAUUCCAACUUGUGCUCUGAUUAUGUGUGCCAAUCCAGUAGUUCCGGAUGGAAUAAAAUUAAGUGGAUUUAGAGAUUCCUACACCUAUGGCAGCAGUAUUACAUUUGAAUGUAAAAUUGGAUACUUCUUAAUCGGCAGUUAUUUUAUUCGCUGUGAGGAGAAUGGUUCUUGGGUCCCUGAAGUGCCAUCCUGCAAAAAGAUUUAUCCGGAAAAUUGUGGUGCUCCAGUAAUGCCCAAAGGGAGUGUGUAUCCAUUGCAAUCUGAAUACAAAAUUGGAGAUACCGUCACAGUUUACUGCCAUCCAAACCAUUCUUUUUUUGAUGAAACCACAAAGAUGACUGUAAAAUGCAUAGGCUACAAUCAGUGGGAACCUUCUAUACAACCAUGUUUCUCUAGAACAUCACCAGACACUACUGAACUCUAUAUCCGUAAUGGAAGAAUAAUCUAUGGGGAGAAAGAAUACUACAACAUUGGAGAUGAAGUUACUAUUCAAUGUGAUAUUGGCUAUAUUUUGAUCGGAUCACCUAAGAUUAAUUACAUCGGUGGGAAGCAAUGGUUGCCUAAUAUUCCAACUUGUGAUCUGAGUGUUUUCCUGAGACUACUUAUAGCUGCAAGCAUAUUACCUGUAUUGAUCCUGACACUUAAAUGGGCUUAUAAGAAAUGUUCACAAUCAAGGCUACCAAAAGAGAACAAUGUGGCACAUGAAUGACGUCACAGAAGUCACUAAUGUUGUCACUUGGGCAGUAGCAGGAAAUAAAGGAGAGGCAGAAACGGAGCAAGAAUACCAGAUAGAAAGCAGACGUCUGGAGGAAAACCAAACCAGUCUUCUCCAGUGGGUAGUUUUCAGUAACAGAGCCAAGGGACAGUGUAUGAGGCAGAUUUGACAUAAUCUUCACAACAUGAAGAGCCAAUCAGUGGAGGCAACUGGGUAGAAUCAUCUUAUUAUUCUCUUUCUU